AUGACAUCAAAUUUUGCUAGCUCAACCCCAUUGCUGCCCUCCUUGGCAUCUUUGUUCACAGAGGAGAAAUCCCGCUCGGACCCGUGCUCACCACUACUGGACUCCUUCAAAAACAACUUCAAAAGUGACACACACGGAAUCAUCAGGUUACCGCCCCUCGGUAUCAACCGCCCCAAAUCUGUCGAAAGCGCCCUAAGACACACGGCGAGUCUGCCCAGCUUGGCUACUUUGAAGACUCCCGUGUCAGACGACGACGUCGAAUACACGUCCAAGGCACCCAAAGACGAUGUGUGGAAGAAGGCGAUCACAGUUGAGGAUGAUUUGGAGAGCAGAAGCACAGCAGUCCUAGAGUCGGCCGCUCCACAACCGAAGAGUGCUGUCCCCUCAACACCUACCGCUAUUCAGAAGGUAAAAUCUAUCCCAAACAAUAACAACAACAGCGCACACAAGAAAGUGGAUAUGGGCGAACCCUUGAAUGCAGUUAAAGCCACGUUGACCCCUACAACGGCAAGUAAAAAACGUGCGUUCGCAUUCAUAACACACUCUCAAGAUACAUUCGGUGUCAAAGAACCGAAAAUUGACAACGCCCCACUGGCACGCAGGAAGAGAAGAAGAACGUCGACACAAGAAUUGAACAUCCUGCAAGCCGGGUUUGAAAUCUGCCCCACGCCAAAUAGACAACAGCGUGCGGAACUGGCCGAACGGUGUGAUAUGUCCGAAAAGGCUGUCCAAAUAUGGUUCCAAAAUAAAAGACAGUCCAUAAAGAGACAGAGGAACAACGCUGCAAACAAAGCCGCUGGUCAUCUGACCCCAAACACAACCGCAACAAAUGUGCCCACAGACAACAGUUCACACAUCGAUAAUACCUCUCACAUGGAGCGUACGCCAAUCACAAACAAAGUCAAGAUUCCCACCCUUGAUUCCGGUCUAAAGGAACACUCUACUCCAAAGCUGCAAAUACCGGACAGCAUUGUAACACCAACGAAAAAAUCACCCACGAGAAAUGCUGCCUCCACUGAAAAUGAUUCUCCAGUGAAAAUCAGUAACGCGACGUAUACUCCAUCUUCUUCAGUGAAGAGAGGUCAAGCGCUGACUUUCCACUUGAAAACGGAUAAAAAAAUAUUAACGCCUUUGAAGACUUCCCCUAAGAACAAAGUCAACAAGUUAAUUAAUGGAUACACUAGCGAUAACGGACAGAACUCUAAAGCUACACAUAACAGUCCGUCUGAACACAGGUUUCGCGCCACCAGUAUAUCGCCAGUGAAGAAAGGUGUGCCCAAGCUACAUUUCAAGUCCCAAACCACGAGGGUUCCAUUGAAGGAUCUAGACACUAAUAUGUUCAAAAACUAA